CUUCCCCCUCUCCUCUACUCUUCUCUUGUCUUCUCAAACCAGAAACAGAAACCCACAAAAAACCUCAAGCUGAGAAAGAUCAAACGAAUCCAUGGGAAAAUUAGAUGCAAAAUGCGACUACGAGAGCCUCCGCAACGCCCGAAUCUCCGACAACAAGGCUCGGAUGCAGUCCCUCGGCAUCCGUCGCUGCGCCGGAGAGCUUAAUCUCAUAACUUCUCCUUCUCGGUCGAGAAAAGAUUAUACAAAUACGCCCGAAAGGACGAAAAAAGCGAGGAAAAUCGAAGCCACUCCGCUCCGACGAUCCGACCGGGUGAAGAAACCGUCGGAUGUAGAGGCGAAUUCCGCGCCUCCCCUUCGGCGAUCGGACCGUUUGAAGGGAAAAUCUCCGGACCCAGUUGAGUUAACCCCACAAGGAGGAAGAGAAGUAGUUGUUUCUGAGGUAGAAAGGAGGCAGCUUCUCUCGCGGCGGUGCGACAGCAAAGGAAGAGGAAGUGUUUAUGAUCCUGUUCUGGGUAUUUGCUGCCAUUUUUGUAGGCAGAAGAAGUUGUGUGGAGAAGAAGAUUGCAGGCGCUGCGGCGACAGAGAUUCAGAUCAGCCAUGCAUAGGGAAAACAGAAUGCUCCUCCUGCCAUUCUGCGAACGGCGUAUUGUGCCGCGCUUGUCUCAAAGUCAGAUAUGGGGAAGACAUGGAAGAAGUUCGGAUGAAGAAGGAUUGGACGUGUCCUCACUGCAUUGAAGAGAAAGGAUUAAAUAAAUUUUGGAUAUGUAACAGCUCUCUUUGCUUGAAGAAGAGAAAGAUGGCUCCUACUGGGAUUGCCAUUUAUCAAGCUCGCGAGCAAGGUUACAAAUCAGUUGCACAUCUACUUAUGGCCAAGCUCAAAGAAAAUGCACUGCAAUGAUCAUACUAAUAAUGGAGCUUAAGCAUUUGAACACAUCGGAAAGAUUCGAUUAACCGUUUUUUAGUGUUUUUUUUUUUUUGGUUCUAAAUAGGAUCUCAAUAGAGCUUAGUAGGUUUAGACACUUACCACGUAGAAAGAAUUUCUUUUUUGUUUUUCUUUGUUUUUUUUUUGGGUUUUUGAGGAAAGAAAACUGAUUUGUUCAAUGAG